UCUAUAUAAGCUGCCCAUUGCCUCCCGUUGUGCCACAAGAUCCAAGGCUAUCUAAGCACCGGCAUUUGCAUACAGCCGCCUAAGCAAAGAGCACAGCAAGUAUACGCGAAUCUGAGUGUGUGAGAGAGACUAGUAGCACAGACGAAGGUAUGGCGUUCUACCUCGGCAGCAUGGGUGGCUCGCCAUCGUCAUGGGGGGUGGCGGAGGUGCCGGUGCCGAGCAGCAGGCCGUGGAGCAAGGCGGAGGACAAGGUGUUCGAGAGCGCGCUCGUGGCGUUCCCGGAGCACACGCACAACCGGUGGGCGCUCGUCGCGUCGCGGCUCCCGGGGCGCUCGGCGCACGAGGUUUGGGAACACUACCAGGUGCUCGUGGACGAUGUCGACCUCAUCGAGCGUGGCAUGGUUGCGUCCCCGGGCUGCUGGGACGACGACAACAACAGCGCCGGCCACGGCCGUGGCAGUGGUGGGGAUGAGCGUCGUCGCGGCGUGCCCUGGACUGAGGAGGAGCACAGGCUAUUUCUUGAAGGGCUAGAGAAAUAUGGGCGUGGCGACUGGCGCAACAUCUCGCGCUGGUCGGUGAAGACGCGGACUCCGACGCAAGUGGCGAGCCAUGCGCAGAAGUUCUUCAUCCGACAGGCCAACGCCAGCAGCCGUGGCGACUCCAAGCGUAAGAGCAUCCACGACAUCACUGCCCCAUGAUGUGUGGUCCGAUCGAGGAUAUGCAUUAUGAUCCGGUCCAGUCUAGGUUUAGUUGUAUUUCCAUCAAUUCCAACUAGCUUUCAACCCCAUUUCAAAGAGGAGAGAACGAAGGGAGUUUAGUCGUCGGCCCUCCCUGUUAGUUCCUCUCUCUGUGUUGUGUAAAAUAUAGCUAGGCAAUAGCUAAAACUAAGCUUGGCUGGAACCUGAGAUCAAUUGUUGUGAUACUAGUUUGUGUACUUGUCAAAUAAUAUUUGUAUCCGUUUAAUUUCACCGUGUGCGUGCGACAUGUAAGCUAGCAUUGCUACACAUGUUUGAUAGUACUUAAUAGGGGUAAUAGGGUUAUACAUUCAGCUAUCACAUUUUCAUA